GCAUAUAUAGCGGCUGACAUGAAAACAAUAGAUGUAAAGUCAAGACUAUACAAUCGAGAAAAGUCACUCAUCGAUGUUUGUAAACAUGUUGGUCCGUUCAAAGUGGAAAUAUGAAGUUUAUCAACUUUAGUAAGUUGGUUGCAAAUGUGGUCUAGAGAACAUUUGAUGAGAAUUAUUUUGUGAGAUUUAGAGAACCUUUUUAAGAAUACAUAAACCUACAUUUUGCCACAACCUUUAGAUGAAAAACAAAGGUUGCAAUGGACAAGGACUUGUCUCAUGAAAUUCCUCCAGAAUUUGCAUCUAUUACUUCAGCAAGUGCCACAUAUUACAAAGUUGGAAGUUCAUUAGAUCAACUUCAUGAUGAAGAAGUCGUGAAGAAGCACAUACUCAUUGUAACAUCACGGGGACAUCUAAUUGAACUUCAGGCUGGCAAUAUAGUGCGUUUUUCAGAACUGUCAUGGAAGGAUGGAGCCAAAAUUGUGGUCCAUCACCAAUUUCAACCAUUGCAGUUAUAUGUUAUUGUUCUCCGUAGAUGUCAAAAGGCUGUUCUCAUAUCAUACAGUGACCUUAAGAUUAUUCAUGAAUGGGAUGAUGUGGAGGACAUCAGUUCCUCAGACCCAGACAAUUCUGGGGUUCCCACAUUUUCAUUGAAACUCAUCUCAGGAGAAUGGUGUGCAGUGGAAAAUGACAAAUUAUUAUCCCUAUGUGGCGACAAGGAAAAUGAAGAGACUGAAAGGGGUAAAGAUGAGGCAGCAGUUGCAUUGGCUAAUAGACUUAAAGGCGGCAUCCGCCACGUGGAAAGACUUAGUUCAGAAAGAAGAAUAAAGGAGACCUAUAUAAGCCAGAAGAUACGAGUUCUCCAGUCAAAACUUGAGGGUGCACCAGUAUCAGAACUGAAGAGCGUGAUGAAGACGUUAACAGUAGGAAGCUGCAGUUUUGACACGAGCCUUUCCGAGAGAAUCCCUCCACCCAGAUCUUGGAAGUCUCCUAUGGAAAUUAUCUCUGUAAGACACAAGAUAGUUCAUGAUAAAUGGGUCAUUGGUAUCAAUGUUACCAACAAGGCUGACAGGAGUUUGAUGUGUAACCCUGAGCUGAGUCUGCAUGUUGUAAAAGGGACACAACAUCUUUCUUAUACUACGAGCAUUUGGAAGACAGUACAAAGGAGACAGUCAAAUCAGUCAGAAAGUAAUAAUGACUCCAUUGGUCUCAGAGUUGAAAUAGAGAAGUUACAUCCCCCAAUUCUGAGACCUAAGAAGAGGGCCUGCAUUCUUGGUAUAUGCAACAUUCCAAGUUUUAGUGAGGGCUCAAGUGUGACUUGUUCAGGGAUAAUAUCAUAUUCUUGUAAGCCUUUAGCAAUGGAGCCUACCCAGCAAGUUGCGCAACCUGAGGAAUCAUCGCAAGAGUACCAAAUAUCCUUUGAACCUGUGACAAUACAUGCACAUGAACUUCAGACUCAUGUGGUAACCAUUGAUCCAGAAAAUGUCAGAGGAGGUGUGCCUUAUAGCAUUGUAGCACUGGUAGGAGGAAGCAGAUGUAACAACAUUACUAUAACCAGUUUUGUUUCACCACUCUGCAAUCUAAUAACCAAACUUUCAAAUAAUUACACAAUUGUGAAGAUUGGAGGUGUCACUGGUAUGUACUGCUUCUACCCUGCAGAAUGUCAUCCUUUAAGACUUGCUGUUUUCUCAUACCUGCCUCUGGAUGCACACAAAGUGGACAUCAGACUCUACACCAAAGAUGAUAACCAGGCAUUGCUAGUAGUUCAUUCAAUGCUAGCUGUGCUCCCCUUAGAUGUAAACAUACAGCCUCCAGAAGUCAACAUGAAAGACAACAAUUCCCAGACAGAGAAGAUUCGUCACCAGUUGUUGGCCAAAAUGAAGGAAGUCACAUCUUCAGUGAUUGAGAACUAUGAAACUCAUGCAAAAACCCAUAAAAGGAAAAAAGAGGAUGAAGAUCCUAUGAUCAUAGGAAAUACAAAGCUAAAGAAUAGCCCCAAGGGAAAAGUUAAAGGGAUAGAAGAAACUCUAAAGGAUGGUCAGUCUAAUAGCAAAAAAUAUUUAGAAGAUAGGGAAGCCAUUUUAGCAGGAAAGGGAGAUGUAACUUUUGAUGCAGAAAUUUAUGGAUUAUGGAGAAAAAGAUUGUAUGACUUACAGUGUGAAAUGGAUAAUUUGUAUGUGAAUUAUCUAGAAUAAAAGUGAAAUAGUAUUUU